CAGAAGAGAUACAACGCACACUCUCUCUCUCGAUCCCUUGCAGCUAUCACAGCCUCUCUGCAACCAGGCCCAGAGAGAGGGACAUAAAGACAAAGAUAGAGAGAGAAAACUCACUCUCUUCUUCUAUUGGAGAGAUCCAAAGGAAAAGAUCUAUGAAAGUCCAUGCAUCUCUUUCUCCGCGAUAUUAACAGAGUUGGUUUUUUGAGGAUAAAAUAUGAAUUGGUAGGGACCGUUUUUGUGUUACGUGGAUCUGGUGCGGCAAAUUGGAAGUGGAUUUUUGCUGAAUGAGGAGAUAAUUUGGGUUGAAUUGGCGUGUAAAGUGGGCGUAGAGGAACUUUAUUUUUUUUUUUUUGGUUUGUUGUAGAAAUGGCUGAUGCAGCAGGGUUAAUGGAGGCAGCUGGGACUAGAUUUAGUUCCUUGGAGUUGAUUGGGAGGGGAUCAUUUGGUGAUGUCUACAAAGCAUUUGAUAAGGAGCUUAACAAAGAAGUUGCCAUCAAAGUCAUUGAUUUGGAAGAAUCUGAGGAUGAAAUUGAGGACAUUCAGAAGGAAAUUUCAGUUUUGUCACAAUGCCGUUGUCCAUAUAUUACAGAGUAUUAUGGUUCUUAUCUUAACCAGACUAAACUAUGGAUCAUCAUGGAAUACAUGGCUGGUGGCUCAGUUGCUGACCUACUCCAAUCAGGUCCUCCACUGGAUGAAAUGUCAAUUGCUUGUAUUUUACGAGACCUGCUGCAUGCAGUUGAGUAUUUGCACAAUGAAGGAAAAAUCCACAGAGAUAUCAAAGCGGCAAACAUUUUGUUGAGUGAAAAUGGUGAUGUUAAGGUUGCAGAUUUUGGUGUCUCUGCACAAUUAACAAGAACAAUAUCUAGGAGAAAGACUUUUGUAGGAACUCCAUUCUGGAUGGCACCAGAGGUAAUUCAAAAUUCAGAGGGAUACAAUGAGAAGGCAGAUAUUUGGUCUCUGGGUAUAACUGCAAUUGAGAUGGCAAAGGGGGAACCCCCACUCGCAGAUCUUCACCCUAUGAGGGUUCUUUUUAUCAUCCCUCGAGAAAAUCCCCCCCAGCUCGAUGAACACUUCUCUCGUCCUAUGAAAGAAUUUGUUUCAUUGUGUCUGAAGAAAGUUCCUGCUGAGAGGCCAAGUGCUAAGGAGCUUUUGAAGCACCGGUAUAUUAGAUCUAAUGCAAGGAAGAGCCAGAGGCUUCUGGAGAGAAUAAGGGAGCGUCCAAAGUUAGAAAUAAAGGAUGCAGAAACUCCCAGGAAAAUAUUAGGAGAGGCAUCUGGCACUGUGAAGGUGACUAGAGAUAUAGGAGAUGAGGGAACUGUUCGAGCCAGUGGUCAAGGAAAGCCCUUGAGAAAUGCUGGGUGGGACUUCAGUAUUGGUGGAUCACAGAGUACUGGAACCAUAAGAAGUGCUGUACGACCUCCUCCGGUUGGAGAAAAGAAAACAGAAAUUUCAUACGAUAAGCUUACCCGAAAAAAUUUGGAGAGUGGUAACCAUUUGUUGUCUGCAUCUGGAAAUGCUCUGCAGGAAUCACCAGAAAUAUCAUUUGGUAAAGUUGCUGGAGAUCCCAAUUCUGAUGAACCUGAGGAUAAUUCUCAUGAUUAUGAGGAAUUGUCUGUAAGUGGGUCCGGAACUGUUGUUAUACGGACUCCCAAAGGAUCUCAGUCAUCCAACAUGUUUCGAGACCAAAGCAGUCUGUCUAGUAGCACCGUCGGUUCUCUUGAAGAUGCUUCUACUAGUGGAACUGUUGUCUUCCGUGGCCAACCUGAUGAUUCUGAUUCUCCUUGGACCCCAUCGAAAAUGGGAAUCCAAGAGAGAACUUCUAGCGCCUCACCGGAAGACAGUGCAGUAAAUCUUGCUGAGGCAAAGGCUGCAAUUCAAGCAGGAUUGCGGAAAGGAAAUGCCAGAGAAAGGUUUGCUCUAAACAAGCUCAACAAUGAUGCACAUGAAAAUAGAAGAAGAGAGCAAAUGACAAACAGCUCUGAUUCGUCCAGAAGUUCCCGUGAAUACUUCGAUGCACAAAGAGUAUUUCCAAGGUCACAGCAAGCAAGUGAAGAUGAAGAAAGUACAAGAAUAGCUUCAUCAUCAGCCCCUUUAUCAGUUUUGCUUAUGCCAUCCUUAAAAGAGGUGGUGGCUGAUGAUUCAGGAGGAGGAUCAGUUGUGCGUGCUGUUACAAAUUCACUAAUAAAUAUGGAGAGAGCAAAGCCUGGAUCAGCUGAUCUUUUUGUUAGAAGUUUGCUUCAGCGAUUGGCAAGUUCAAAAGAACCUUCACUGAAAGAUCUACAGGAAUUAGCAGCUCGACUCUUCUCUAAAGGCAAGGCAAAACCUGAAGGAACACAGAAUGCAAAUGCAGAAGCUGAAAACAAGAAGAAGCAACAAAAUAAGGAAUACAAUUCAAAUGCGAAUUUAAGCCCGCUUGCGAGGUUUUUACUCUCGAGAUGGCAAAGCCAAGUUUCAAGGGACGUCAAUCCAACUUAAAAGAGGAGGUUGGAGCUGGGUCACAACUUCGUUUAUUAGCGUGUUUCUUUUCUUUUUAUGCUUUCUCUCAGUUUUGAUGUACAUAACAUUGUAAGAAAUUGUGCAUUUAUUAUCUAUUAUCUAUUAUUUAUUAUGAUUAUUUUUUUCCCUUUC